AUGAGCAUAGAUGGAUCCUACCUUGGGUUACCAUUUACGAUUGGUAGGAAUAAGAGUGUUGUUUUCGGCAUGCUUAAGGGAAGGAUUUGGACUCGGAUUCAGAGUUGGAAGCAUCAGUUUUUAUCAGCUGCAGGUAAAGAGAUGCUUAUUAAGUCUGUUAUGUUAGCAAUUCCAAAUUAUUAUUUCAACGUUUUUCUUAUUCCAUUGAGUAUUUGUGUGGAUAUUGAGAGUUGCCUAAAUGCUUUCUGGUGGGGUAAUAAGAAAAAAGAGGAGUCUAGAGGUAUCCAUUGGAGUGAUUGGGAUAAACUUUGUCUUCCUAAGAACCUGGGAGGUAUGGGUUUUAGGAAAUUGAGAGACUUUAAUUUGGCUAUGUUGAGUAAGCAAGGUUGGAAGCUUCUUAGUUCUCCUAAUUCCUUAGUUUACAGAGUCUUUCAUGCUAAGUAUUUUUAUAAUUCUGAUUUCUUGAAUGCUAAGUUGGGUGCUAAUCCUAGUUAUGUGUGGAGGAGUCUAAUGGCAGCUCAAGAGAUUGUUAGAAAGGGUACUAGAUGGAGAAUUGGGAGAGGGAACUCGUUGAGAAUGGAGUUAGGGUGUGGGAUGGCUACUGUCUUGGGUGAUGCUGAUAGGGAGGUAAUUAGAAAAAUUGUUUUGCUCAACAAUAUUGAGGAGGAUCGGCUGAUUUGGUACCCAGAGGUGAGGGGGACGUUCUUAGUUAAAAGUGCUUAUAGAAUGUCCUUUGGUGAUAGAAGAAAUGAUAGGGUUGGGGAGGAGUUUUUCUGGAAAUGGUUUUGA